CCUGGACGAGCCGGCUUUCCGGGCGGCAAAGGAAGUUUGGGAAUUCCUGGAAGAAUGGGCUUAAAGGGACACCCAGGGGAGAAGGGUGCACCAGGAGAGCCGGGUCUCUCCAUCAUCGGACCGCGAGGACCUCCCGGACAACCUGGCACGAGAGGAUUUCCAGGCUUCCCGGGUCCUAUUGGGUUGGACGGCAAGCCUGGGCAGAACGGACAAAAGGGAGACAUGGGGCAGCGUGGAGCUAAAGGACUCCUGGGGGAACCAGGACUCAAAGGCGAGAAGGGUGUCUGUGGAGACUACACACACCGGAUGUUGCCCAUCACCGUGCGCAACAUGCCCGCAAUAAGCCCUCUAAUCUUAAAACGCCUCAAGCAGGGUGAACCUGGAGCUCAAGGACCCCCAGGACCUCCAGGACCCCCGGGGCUUCCAGGUAACCCGGGCUUCGAUGGAGCCAGUGGGCCUCCGGGUAAGCCUGGGGAGCCGGGCAAACCAGGAAAAGACCCCCGGCUUUUACCAGGACUGAAGGGUGAGCCGGGAGUUCCUGGACAAAAGGGGGACAGAGGUGAUGUCGGCUCAGCAGGCCCUGAAGGCCCAAAGGGACAUGAAGGGAAGAGGGGUCUCCCAGGAGACACGGGAGGCAAGGGAGAAACAGGUUUCCCAGGUGCUCCUGGGUUGAAGGGCCAGGCUGGAAUCCCUGGUAUACCUGGCAUCCCUGGCAAGAGGGGCUACAGGGGGGAGAGAGGAGAGCCGAGCCUUCCGGCUCCAGGAAUCAAAGGAGAGCCAGGUUCACCGGGACAGCCAGGCUUAAUGGGAUCCAAGGGCGACAAAGGUGACCGGGGAGAUAAGGGAGAGGACGGUCCUGAAGGCCCAGUCGGAUCAAGAGGUCCUCCAGGCCCAACUGGGGAGCCAGGAAGGGCUGAAAUCCAGAGCAAUGAAAAUUAUAUCCGCAACAUACCCCUGAUGGGUCCCCCUGGAUUACCUGGACCUCCCGGCUCGCCUGGAGGCCCUGGUUCCAAGGGUGAAGUCGGUCUACCUGGUGCUCCUGGACUGGAUGGAGAAAAGGGACCCAGAGGAAAGCCCGGAGAGCCUGGUCCUGGAGGCCCAGCUGGUCCCGAAGGUCCCAGAGGAGAGGGUGUCAUGGGCUCACCAGGACCCAAGGGGGACAAGGGAGACAUGGGUCCAUCUGGAUCAUCUGGUUUAGAUGGGCCUACGGGUGAAAAGGGGACUACGGGGUCCCCGGGCCCUAUUGGAUUACCUGGCAUCAUGGGUCCCAAAGGUGAAGCUGGAGACGGAGGGAGGUCCGAGCUGAUCUAUGGUCCCCCGGGGCUCCCAGGACCUCCCGGACCAGUCGGCCCUGCAGGAUCUCAAGGAUCUUCAGGGCCCAAGGGAGAGCCGGGCAUAGGUAUCAAAGGAGAGAAGGGAGCCACGGGCCAGAAGGGGGACAAGGGGGACAGAGGGCAUCUUGGACUCCCAGGGGCUCAUGGGUUAGACGGCAGACCCGGUGCAGUGGGUCUAAUAGGACCAGCGGGCGUCUCAGGACCAGCCGGACCAAAGGGAGAGAGAGGUGAAAAGGGAGAUGCAGGUUUUUCAGGACCAAUUGGGCCGCAAGGCAUCCCUGGUUUAGUAGGACCACACGGACUCAAAGGAAACCGGGGAGAGAGGGGCAAGAAAGGCAACAGGGGGGCCAAAGGGGAUAAGGGAGACCAAGGAGCACCUGGAUUAGAUGCCCCCUGUCCGUUGGGAGACGACGGCUUACCUGUACCAGGGUGUUGGAAUAAAUGACGAUAACUUUGGAAUGGCUUGUGUGAUUGUACAUAGGAUAUUUAUUUUUUUACUUGUCCUAUUCUGCUAUACAUGGAAAACGUUUUUUAAUCCUGAAAAGAUGACAAAAAAAUGUUUGUACAGAUUGUUUAUUUUAAUACUUAUAACUGUGCUUAUGUAAUGGAUUUUUUUUAACAUUUAUGCAUUAUUUUAAUAUGAUUGGAAAAAUGAACAGUUCUGAAGUGGAUACAUAUGCAUGAUAUUUGUGCAUAAUGUGAAGUGGAUAAUGCCUAUUAACUUAUUGCAUUAUGUCGUUUUAUUCUGAUGUAGUAGACCACGCUGCACUGACUUGUGGGGCUGGAAAGAUUAUUUUUGCUUUUGAAAUGUCUUAGUUGGACUCUCCUCUUAGUGAUGAAGUGUUUUAAAAACCAGAGUUUCAAUGUUACAAUAUGGUUGCUUUUUGACAGAAGUUUGAGCAUUUUAAACAUGUGUUCAUAUUAUGAAGAUCAUACUUUACAGACCAGAUCUGAGACUUUCGUCAAAGUAAAACAGUUUUAAAUGCAAUGCAGGUCCAGAAGAGUUUAUUCUAAAUAUCAGAAGCCAUGGUUGUAAAUGACAGUGUAAUGUUCGUGCAUAAGGUCUGACACUGAGUUCAAUCAAAUGAAUAAUUACAUGACACCAAUCUCAGCCCAUGAUAUGUCUAUAUUUCCAUACCGGAGUAUUAUCACUUCUACAAUGAAUUCCCCACAAUAUUUCGUGAACCCUUUGGAAUUAACAAGUUUCCAGCUUGUGGACACCCAGCUUGACAUUAUAAUGUAGAUGUUGCAUUUUUGUUUCUUCAGUCCACGAAAUAUUUUCCAAGCAAUAUUGCAGAGCGUCAUGGCUUCCUCCGUGACGGUCUGCCAUGGACAUCCUGCCUUGUUCUAGUUGUCCAAUCACUUAAUAAACUAUACUUUAAAGCAGCACUAUGUAACUGUUCCAGCUUAAUCUAAUAUUUCAUCAUCAUCAUUGUGAUGGAACAUCAACUUCCAACAGGUUUAAUGAACCUCUGUCAUGGUCUGAGGGGUCUGUAUCUCCUUCACUGGCACUAUGUAACUUUGAGGAGCAUGGUAGGAACCCUGCCACACUAAAAAACUACACAUUUUUACGGCUUUGACUGCUUUACGGCAUACGUCACUUCCCCCUCCUUCCCCAUUCGUAGUCCAGACCAAAGCUGGAGCAGAGCUCAGCAGAAGCUGGUAUCAUGGCCCAAGCAGCGGAAAAACCCAAGAAAAUAAAAGUUUUAUCGGAGGAGGCAAAAAACAGACAGAAACAGAAUAAUAAUAGUGAUCAUAAAAUUGUGUAAUUUGCAAUGAGGAAGCUUUAUAAAAUAAGAAUACAAUUGAAUAGAAUUACAGCACUAGAGGAAAGAAUGCAAUGCAAAGAAAAUGUAUAGAACAUUUCUAGUAUUUUUCCUGAGAACUGUAAAAUUGUGCAGGGCUGAUCUGCAAAACAUUCAGUUAUUCACAGGUUAUAAAGUAUGUUUUUAUUUUGUCAGUAAGUAUGUUGGACUAGCGUAUGAGUUUGUGGUUUGGGAGCAUUAUCUGCUGAAACAGGACGGGGGGGCGGGGGUGACUUCACUAAUAAAACCAUGUUGAACUUAGUGAUUUUCAACAUCGUCAUAUUAUAUUGUUUAGCCAAAAAUAGAUACAUUACCUCUUCACUAUCAAUCCUGCAAACGACUGCUGAAAACAGAAAAGUAGUUUUGGAAGUCCGUCCCGUCUUAUUUCAUUCACUAUCAAAACAAAUGCAACAAAUAUCACCUCAAGAAAUCUUUUUUGAUGUAGAAUAAGAUUUUAAUUCUAAGGGGUUCACGUAACAUUUCUUGUCACUGUAGAGGUCGUUUCAAGUAAAUAUAUGAAAAGCUUUCUAGGCCCAUCUCUACAAGAAUGUGAUAAUCACCAUAAGUUCUAUAGUUCUGGCAGAUUUUUGGCAAGUUUUCAUGGCAUAAUUAGCACCCAGCUGGCCAUGUUGAUCAAACUCCAAGUGGGGAUGAAACCGAGACUUAUGCAGAAGGAACAUUAUAGCUGUUUCUUUCUCGAGAUAUUACUGUGCAGGCACAGUAAACAUAUAUUACUACGUUUUAGUUCUGUUCCAGGUUCUGCAUUGGCUUUAAUGCAUAAUAUAUAGAUACAUAUGCAAAUUUGAACUUUCCUUAUCCAUCCCUAACUUAAAAUACCCUGAAGUCUUAAAUCAGUAUUUGCUUAAUAAUGAUAAUAAUAAUAAAGGUCAAAGUGAUCAUUUUCUCCAGAUGAUCAGUCCUUAGAAGCUAAUUUAAGAUGAUCUCUCUGCUUCAACAAGCAGCAUUGAGUUGGUGAGGCACUAAAUAUUUAAAGAAAAGGACAAAAGAACAUUUUAUAUUUUUUAAAGUUGCUCUAGCACUCACUCCCUCCCUACAUGUGGUUUCUGAGACUCUGGCAUUCAUUGGUCGUGAUGAGGAGAUUAUCAACCAAGAUCGUUUCAUCAUUUCAACAUCCAGACACAAAAACUAAAUGUUUGGUUGCACAGCAGGAAUGAAACCUUUAAAUUAGAUCUUUACGGUUUCAGCCUUGUGUAAAUGGUCUUAGAUUGCAUGUGCAGCUGACUCCUGCUUCACGACCGCCCGGUUCCAGGCUAACUGCAGUAUUUGUGGACAGUUAGCCGCUCUAACGCGGUAUGUGUGGAUGGAAACACUUGCUGCUCGUCCUUGCAUGCUGCUGCAUUCAUCACAAUGGCUCGUCCAUUUUUGAGAAAAGAUGUAACCUUCUUGGAGAACGAAUACGGUUCCUCCGUUAAGCCAAGAACUCUACGUCCACAAGUGUUUCGAUGAAGACGCUGUGCUCUUUAAGCUAACCUCAUUUACUUCCCCCCUGUAAUUCAGUCUUGAAGGAAUGAAGGAACUGAGCGGAGUGAAGCUUGGUCCAUGAUGCUGCUGCUCUGUUUGUCUUGUUCUGCCUGUUUGAUGUUGCCAUGAGAUUUGAUUUGUAGUUCUUGGCUCGUUUUGUCAUACUGAUCUACUUACUAGUGUUAAACAUGCCAAAAAUCAUUGUUUUGAAAGUGACAAUCACAAUUAAAUGUACUUUUCUGAG